GAUUCCUAUAUAUAUAGAAAUUAAUUUCAGGAACAGAAUUCUGUAUUAAAGAUGAUGAUGAUGAUGUUGUUCCUGAGGAAAAUAAUUUGAAUUAUUUCAAUAAUGAAGAACUUCUGAAAGCUUUAAAUCGAGAAUGUUUAUAUUUUCAAAAUGAAAAUGAUGAUGAAAAUAAUAAUGAUGAUUUUGAUGUUAAAACUCCUUUUGAAAAGAUGAUGAAAACAAUGACACCACUUGUAGAAAAUCAAAUUUUUAAAAAAGAAUUAAAGACGGGAUUUGGAAUAGAAUUGCCAAGUAAGGCAUUCGUUACCAUCCAUUAUAAUGCUUACUUAGAAUAUAGUGAUGAGCCAUUUGAUUCAACUAGACUUCGAGGCACUCCUUUAAAAUUUGUAUUAGGUGAAAAUAGAGUCGUUGAAGGGUUAGAUAUUGCAGUGGCUACAAUGAAAAAAGGAGAAAUAUCACAGUUCUUAAUAAAAUAUUUGUAUGCAUAUGGAGAAAUGGGAAGCCCUCCAAGAAUUCCUCCAAGUGCAACAAUUUUAUAUGAAGUUGAACUUUUGAGUUUUUUAAAUAAUGCUCCAGCUAUUGAAUAUGAUGAACUUUCACCUGAAGAGAAAAAACAAUUAUCUUUUAGUGAAAGAUUAAAAGUUGUCAGAUCAGAACAUGAAGUUGCAAAUGAUUAUUUUAAGCGAAAACUUUAUCCUAGUGCUUGGAAUAAGUAUAAAAAAGCAGUCAGACUAAUAGAAGAUAUUAAUGUUGCAAAUGAAGAAGAAGAUAAUGAAAGAAAUGAUUACCUUCUUGAACUCUAUUGUAAUAUCAGUUUAUGUUACAUAAAGCAACAAGAUUAUAAAUUUGCUGUUAUAUAUGCAAAAAAGGCUUUAAAUAUUGAUCCAAAGAAUACAAAAGGAAAUUAUCUAUGCGGUAAAGCACUUCGGAAUUUGGGAGAAUAUGCCGAAUCUAAAAAAUAUCUUCAAAGAGCAAGAGAAUGCAAUCCAUCUAAUGAGGUAAUAAAUGAAGAAUUGAAACAAUUAAGUAUCCAAGAAGUAAGAUAUUCAAUUUUAGAGAAGAAAUUUUGUAAAAACAUCUUCAAAAGUAGUAACAAAAAAGAUGAUGAUGAUGAUGAUGAUGAUGAAAAACCAACAUUCAAUUAUGAAGUUAGUGAUGAUUUUAAAACUAUAGUUGCAGAUUGUAUGAAAAAAUUUAUAGAUGAUGAUAAUGAACAAGAAUUUCCUUUUGGUAGUGGUUUUUCAUCUUCAGAAAUUGCUUGCAUGAAAGAUAUGGCAAAAGAAUUUGGAUUGUAUUGCGUGGAACAAAAAAAUGGACCAAUUAAGCAAAUGAAAGUGACAAAAGUAAAACCCUCUAAAUAAGAGGAAGAAAAAAUUUGUUUAAUUAGUUCAAAAGAUAAAUGAAACGUGUGUGUGAUUUUACAAAAUUUUGUAAAAUCACACACAUUUCAUUUACACGUUUACAAAAUUUUGUAAAAUCUCAACAUAUUCCAACAAUUUUCCUUUAAUAAACAUGUUUAGAAAAUAACAAAU